AUGUCUGCAUCGAUUCCGCGGCUGCACAAGCGUUCAUCACCAAAUACAGUCACCAUGGCUUCCGAAAACACCAAUGGUGCGGCCAAACCCGCCGAGAGCAAAUUUGACCCCAACUUCACUCAGCAUGUCAUCGACCUCAUGAGCCCCGAGACCCUUCCGAGGCAUCGGCAAAUUCUCACCUCUCUCAUCAGGCAUAUGCACGACUUCUGCCGUGAGGUCGAGCUCACUCAGGAGGAGUGGGUGAUUGGUGUCAAUUACAUAAACUCUCUUGGCCAGGCCUACAAGAAGAACAGGAAUGAGACAUGGCGUCUGAUGGACAUUUUGGGCAUCGAGUCCCUUGUUGAUGAGAUCAACAACAAGGUCGUCACCCCAGAUGGCAAGGCUCCCACGUCUUCUGCCAUCCUGGGACCCUUCUGGUCCCCCGAAACGCCCUUCCGCGACCUCGGCGCCUCGGUGGUUCAGGACAUGCCCCCCGAUGGUCAGCUGACCCGGUUCCACGGCGUUAUCAGGGAUGUCGAAACUGGCAAGGGCAUACCGGGCGCCGUCUUCGACAUGUGGCAAGCCAGCACCAACGGCAAGUACGAUGUCUUCGACCCGGAGAACCAGACGCGUCACAACCUGCGCGGCAAGUUCAAGACGGACGAAGAGGGUCGCUUCUGGUUCUACUGCCUGAAGCCGACCGAGUACGCCAUCGACACGUCGGGUCCCAGCGCCGUGCUGCUCAGGAUGAUGCACAGGCAUCCUUACCGGCCUGCGCACAUCCACAUGAUGGUCACCCACCCGGACUACCUAGGCAUCACCGCACAGCUGUACCCUAGGGACGAUCCCUACCUCGAGACCGACACCGUCUCGGCCGUCAAGCCCGACCUGCUACUCGACUUCAAGCCGGCCGCUAAGGACGACCCCAUGGGUGCUGAGCUGGACUGCGAGUACAACGUCUUUAUGGUCUCCAAGAAGUACAAGCCUGAAUCAAAGAUGCUCUUGGGUAAUGCCAACCAGGGCAACUUUGACUAG